AUGGCAUUCAAAAUGAAUAAUUCUAAAUUCCGUCUUGUCAAUGGUAAGAUUGAUAAGCGUGAGAAUUGGUAUCCAGAUAUCGCGACUUCCAAUUCAUCGAGUGCCAAUACUAUGGUGAAGGCAAGUGCAGAGUAUGUUGCUGUCAAUUGGCAAUCCGGUACUGGAACACUCGGUAUCAUCCCAUUGUCACAGGUCGGAAAGCGUAAGGAGCAACAUAUCACUUUACACGCUCACUCUGGUCAACUGAGUGAUUUCGAAUUCUCACCAUUCAGCGAUAGUACACUGGCAACUGCCUCAGACGACGCCACUCUCAAGCUCUGGAACUUACAACAAUCCGCUGCUGAUCCAGUCGUUUCACUCGCCGGACACACCAAAGCAAUCGAUUGCAUCCAAUUCAACCCAACUGCACUUAAUGUGUUGGCAUCGGGUUCUGCAGACAAGACUGUACGUGUCUGGGACAUUGGAACUGGACAAGAGCGUCAGAAUAUCAGUUGUUUCGACAACUCACUCACUGGAAUCGCUUGGAACUACGACGGUAGCUUGUUGGCAGCGGUCUCGAAAGAUUUGAAGAAUCGUGUAAUCGAUCCACGUUCGAAUAGCGCCAUUCAAGUUGGUGAUGGUCAUCAGGGUAUUAAGCCAUCGCGUGUCACAUGGCUGGGUAACAGUCACUACUUCUUGACCACUGGAUUCGCCAAGUCGCGUGAGCGUCAAAUCUCAAUCUGGGACAGUCGUGAUCUUGCAAAAGUUGUCAAAUCGAUCACUCUCGAUAGCUCAACAGGUAUUGUCACACCAAUCUACGAUAUCGAUACUCAGUUGUUGUUUGUUGCUGGUGUAGGUGAUAGUACUACUCGUUGUUUCGAUUUGAAUACACAAUUCACAGCCGAGCCUGCAUUGGCAGAGUUGGUUGCUGUCCCAUCGGACACCCCAACCAAAGGAAUUUGUUCGAUUCCAAAGCGUGCACUCGAAGUUAUGGAGGGAGAAAUCUUUAGAUUGCUCAAGUUGACUGCCAACAGUAUCGUCCCAAUCACCUACAGAAUGUCACGUAUCUCCUACAGCGAGUUCAAGCCAGAUCUCUAUCCAAAUUCUGCUUCGCUAACACCAGCUUUAACUGCCGACGAAUGGUUCAACGGUGAAACCAAAGUUCCAGUUCUCGCCAGUUUGAAUCCAGCACUACGUCAAUCAGGUUCAGCUUCACCAGAUUCCGCAUCGGUCGAGAAUCUCUCUAUCAAUGAACAAGCUGAGGAAUCACAUCAAUCCAGUUGGACACCAUCUUCUACCUCGCUCACUGGAAGUGGUAGCAACACUCCAACAACAACAACUGCAGCAGCUUCUUCGUCACCAUCACUCCCAGAUGUUCCAAGAACUGGAAUCAUUCCAAAGAUCGUUCGUACUUCUAAAUAUCGUCAUAUCAAUGUUGCACCAUUCCCAAAGACAUCGCACUACACCAAUCUCAAGGUAUUUGGAAACACUUCAAACACUUCGAUCGCCGUCAACUCUGAGUAUGUCGCCGUGCCAUGGGUUGGAACUGGUGGUCCCCUAGCAGUCAUUCCACUCUCACAAGUAGGUCGUCAAGUUACAGUUCCAUGCAUUGAAAUUGGUUCACAACUCUUGGACUUUGAUCUUUCACAAUUCAAUCCUUCGGUUGUCGCCACCGGUUCCGAAGAUUCACAUAUCAAGCUCUGGCGUAUUCCAGAAGGUGGUUUACCAAAGAACAACAAGGUAUUGAACUACACCAACUUUGAAACCGAUCUCAUCGGACACAACCGUAAGAUCGUCAGUGUAAACUUCCAUCCAACAGCAGAGAACGUUCUCAUCUCCACAGGUGGAGACAUGUCAUUGAAACUCUGGGAUGUCCAACAAGGUCAAGAACGUUUCUCAUUCGACAAUCAACAUAACGAUAUCAUCACAUCUGUCAAUGUCAGUUCCAAAGGUGAUCUCUUCUUAACAGCAUGCAAAGACAAGAUGAUGAGAAUUAUUGAUCCAAGAACAAAUACACUAGUUGAUAGUGUACAAAGUCAUAAUGGUGUAAAGGGUAGUAAGGCUUUAUGGUGUGGAGAUAAAUCAACUAUUUUCUCUGUUGGAUUUAACAAGUCAUCGGAGAGAGAAUAUCAAUUGUGGGAUUCAAGAAACUUUGGUGCCGGUCCAAUGACCACUGGUGUAUUCGAUCAUUUGGCAGGUGUUAUUACACCAUAUUAUGAUGAGGAUACCGGUGUUGUUUACUUGGUCGGUAAGGGUGAUGGUUCCAUCAGAAUGAUGGAGAUCAACGAUCAAGAACCAUAUGUUCACUUCUUGACAGAGUAUUCAUCGGGAGUUCCACAGAUGGGCGUUGCACCAGUCUCCAAGCAUCUCUUGAACAUCAAGAAGUGUGAGAUUGCCAGAUUCUUCAAGGUUAGCGACACCACUGUCGAACCACUACAAUUCUCGGUGCCACGUACACGUACCGAGUUCUUCCAAGACGAUAUCUUUGUACCAACACGUGUUUCCACACCAACAAUGUCGGCCGACGAAUGGUUCAACGGUGCUUCAGUCGAGCCUGAGCGCGUCUCACUCUGUCCAUCGGACAUGUCACCACUCUCAACAGCUCCACCACCCGUCAAGAAAGAGCGUGAAAUUCGUCAAGAGAUCGUCGAGGACGAUACUCCAUCCAGAGAUCAAGUUAUCAAUACCUUCUUGGGACGUGUACUAACUCAACGUGAAGACGAUGAACCUGUUGUCAAGAAACAAAGUGAUUCACCAUGUGUCAGUGACAGUGAAUGGGAUUAA